UCGGUGCAAUGGUGGCGAACUGAAGCCCCCCGGGCGCGCGUUUGGAGCUCAAGCAUCUUCGUCCCUUUAAUCACCCGUCAAUUCUCUUUUAAUUGUGAUUUUUCUGGCGCGCCGCAACGGGUUUCAAUUGAGUGACGUUAAAUCGACAUUUGUUCAUCAACUUUCUUCUGAUUUUCAUUGGAUAAUUGAAUCAGCGUUGUUUACAUCGCCUAGGUUAAAGGGGGUGAGAUCAUUCACGUCUGAACGAGUCUGUGGCUUCUGAAAAUCCCUCCAAAAUUGGUAUUUAAUGCCAAUCACUGAGAUUUCAUGAAAUACGAGGCUACUUUCGAGAAUAUAUUAUUAAUCAUGGAUCGGGACAUGGCGGAAGCCGCCAUAAAUAUAAUCAGAAAUGACUCCGAGAUACUGCAGAAAAAGCACGUAGAGAUAAUAAAAUGUCUGGCUGAGAGAGAAGCCAGUGAGCUGGAGUUCCUGAGGAGCAUAGUAGCCCAGAUACCCUCAGAAGCCUCUGGCCCACUCAUGCCAAAGACCCCCAAGGCCCCCAAGAGGCCACUCCAGAGGAUCAAAACCAUACCUGAGGACGAUAUUAUGAAUGACUCAGCACAUGUCGUCGAGAAGUCAGAGAGUGAGGAGGAGGUGAAACCCACCAGGGCGAGACGUGCUGCCUCACAGAAGGCCACUGAGAGCAUCAAGAAACAACAGUCCUUGACACUCAACACCAAGCUGAGGAGACCUUCUCAUGAAGAAGACGUUAUCGGCGAGGCUAUCAAGAACCAGGCCGCCCGCAGCAGUCGCUCGAAGCGUCCCAUGACCUCCCUCUCGGGUUCCGAAGAGGACGACCGUCCGCCCCCGAAGGUCGCCAAGACGGGCAAACAGGACUCGAAGCGUCGUCCCAAGAAGAUCAAAGAAGAGCCCGCCUCCGAGAAGGACUCCUCUCCCGAAAAGACCGGUCCCCCCACUCCCCCAGUCCGCCUGACCCGCAGUAGCAACCCCACCCCCCAGGAGCCCCCCAACAAGACCCCAAUAAUCAUCGACGAGACCCUCGAGCUCCCCGAGAACGACACAAUAACCGACCCCUCCCUCUACGAAGACGCAGUAGGCAAGUCAAUCCCCAUGAACUCGACGAUGAACCCCAACACAACCAUGACAAUCGAUCGCAAGAUGAUGAACGCAACGGUAGUUCUUGAGAAGAUAAACGAGACAAUAACGAUAAAGAAGUCGUCAAUAAACUCCCAGCCGACGUCUCAAAAGACGAGUUUGCAGAGCGUCCCGAUGAUCUCCCCAGUGGUGGCCCUGGAAUCAGUCCUGACUCAGCCCAAGCGAACGCUCCAGAACAAGCUGGCAGCCCUGAAGGCAUCCCUAGCAAACCAGGAGUUCGACGCAAUCCUGACAGACGACGAGUCCUCCCCGGAGCGCAAGGGCCUCCCAAAGAAGCCAAAACGCCUCCCCGAGAAGUUGAAAAAGCCCCGCAAGGUCUCGUCCUCAGAGGAAGAGAGCCCCUCGACCCCCCAGAAGAUCCCUCGAACAGACUCGAAAUCCAAGCCCCUGCGGGACCUGAAGUACAAGUCCAACGCGCUCUUCAGUCCCUACGCCAAAGAGUCCGUGAAGAGGAAGGUCGAGGCGUUCGAGCAAGCAGUCCAGAACUCCCCGAAGCAAGAUAUGGACCCGCCCACGAGAGUCACCAGGACCAAGACAAGAGCGAUGGCAGCAGCUGCCGUUGAGGAAGUGCCCCACGUCCAGACGCUGGCGCAGAAGCUCGCCAGGAAGUCCCUGGCGAAGGCCAAAAAGAUCUCCCUGACACGUCAGAAGCGCGAGAAUGACGAAUCCAAGGAGAACCUUUUGGCCUCAGCGACCAAGACCAAGUACUUCCCAAUGCCCAACGAGAAGCUGACGAUUAAGCAGAGUCAGAGGACAACUCCGAUCUCCAAGUCUCGUAUGCAGAUGCCAAUGUCGGUGAAUAGAAUUCAUCACACACCAGCCUCGCACAUUCCUCCACCAAAAUCCGUGACGGCUUCUAAAGCGCACGGGGUGGGAUCGACGGAGUCUCUGGUUGCGAGUAAACCAUUGUCCAAGUCAGGAUCGAUGGACAGUCUGGCUGAGAAGAAGAGGCUGGCGGAGGAGGACGCGAGGAAGAAGAAGGAGGAGAACCUGAAGGCGUUGAGCGAGGAGAAGAAGAGGAAGAGGGAGGAGAAGGAGCUGAAGAAUAAGAUGGCGAGGGAGGCGAGGGAGAGGCUGGAGCAGCAGAGGCGUCUCCAGCUGGAGAGGGAGAGGGAGGACAAGGCUAGGCAGGCGCUGAUCGCGCAGGAGAAGAUGAAGGAGGAGGCGGAGAGGAAGAAGCUGGCGCAACUGCAGAGGGCGCAGGAGAAGGAGGAGAGGAGGAGGCAGGAGGAAAUGAUGAGGAUUCAGAAGAUUCAGGAGCAGGAGGAGGCCGAGAGGGCGCUUGCCGAGCAGAAGAGGAAGGAGCAGGAGGCCGAGAGGAAGAGGCUCAUCGAGGCCAGGAAUCAGCAGAUGGCGGCCUUGGAGGCGCUCAAGUUGAAGGCCCAUAUGAUGGCCAAGGCUAAGCAGAGGGUCGAGCAGAAGAUGCAGGAGCCUCAGGCCUAUGUCUUGGACAGCGAUCCUGAUGACGACGAGAGCGAUGAUGAGAGCAGGCCCAAACAUCCGAUUCCUCAGUGGGCGAGGGUCGAUGUGAGGAGGGGACAGCUGGACAUGCAGCAGUUUAUCCCGAUGGAGAUUGUACUCAAGUUCUUUGGGGCGAAAAAGUGCACCCCGGAUUUGAGCGAACUUUUUGUGGGGAUCAAGACCGAGAGGCUGAAGAGAACUUCUAGUGCUAAUUGGAAGGCUGCGCCGAGGUUCUCUAUGAUGGAGGCUAUUGAGGAUUGAGGGAGAGGUUUAGGUGAUGAUGGGCUUUGAUGGGGGUUUGGAGAUAUGGGGAUGAGGAUAUGUUGAAAAAUAUUGGGGGGUGAGACGGAGAGGAUAAAGAAGCUAGUGCUACACCCAAAAAAAAAUUUCUAAUUUCAGUUUGUUAAUGUGAGAAUUAAAAAUGUAAAAUUGAGGUCUGAAAUUGGCUAUUUGGAAUUCAAUAAAGGCUCAAUUUCAGAUUUGAAAAUUUCAAUUUAAAACCAGUGAAAGUCUCGAGAUGAGAGUUUCCAGAGUUUCAAGUUGAAAUUCGAAAGUCUCAAGUUAGAAUUUUCAAAAGGAUCAAAUGGCGAUUUUCAAGUCUCGAGUUGAGACUUUGUAAUCUUGAUUUGAUCCUUUCGAGUCUUGAUAUAAGAUGUUUAAAAUCUCAAAGUAAGGAUUUUUUUGGGUGUAAUUGGAAGGCUGAAUGUUGAUUAGGUGAUGAUGGGGUUCUGAAGGGAAUUUGGGAAAUGUGGAGAGGGAGAAUGAGAUAAGUUGAGGAGGAUCAAUUGAAAAGAAUCUAUGCAAAUUUUGGUAUCCUCAUUGGAUAUCGAGAUAUUGAUAAAAAACUGUUUCUCUUCGAUGAUUGCAAAGAAUCUGGAAAUUGAUUAAUUUUUUUGGAAGAAUGUCUCGGAAACUUUGGGAGAUGUCAACUAUGAGAGAUACACUCGCAAAAGUUUUGGGAUGGCUGUUGGAGUCUGGGACAUUUGCCUGGAACUCGAUUUUGAAAUUGUGAAAUUGAGCAACUUAUCUUGUGUCGAUCCUUCAAUAACAGAUCGUUUGGUUGGGGAAGGGAUCAAUUUGACUGUAAUUGUUUUUAAUCGAUGGAUUCCUUCAACUUGUAGUCGAAAAUUGUAAUUGUAUUUUUGGGACUGGUACAGGGCCCAGAGCUGAGGAGAAGCAGUCUUAUUAUGAUAGUUGUAAGGUUCCAUGCUCCUGUAUUAUCAUAUAUUUAAUUCAGAAUGUUGUCGUAUAAUAAAGGAUCUACUUUAUGUAUUCAAUUAA